GUUCAAAGUUGGUUCAAAGAAUAAAUAAAUUUAAUAAUUUCGAAACCAAAUUGUGUUGAUUUAUUAUGAGACGGUCAUGCGCUCCUUCCGCGCUAAAGGCACGAGAAGUGGAAAAACGUAGAAAGAUUGAUAAUCUGUUUGAAAAUGUGGAACAUACUGAAGAUGAAGUGAGUUCAACCACUUUGAACGAGGAAAGCUGGGGCACAUCGAAGAUAGGAGCGGGUAAAUUUGAAAGGCACAGCUCCAAAGAAAACAUUGAUGCUUUUAGCUCGAAACUAAUUUUUAAUGUGGUCUGGCGCGAAAUAACUAAAAAAAAGCAUAAAACAUGGGAUGGUGAUGGACUACUAGAAGUACAGUUGGAUGUUCCACGGGCGGUUCUUAAGGACAGCACCGGGAAAUAUAUAGGUACCAACACAAAGUUAAAACUUGACGAAUUGGAAGAAGGUUGCCAGAUGGUUGUAGGUGGAAAGGAGAUAGAACUAUUGGAGCAAAUCACUGAUAGAAACGAAUAUUUUGCUUUGCGUAAAAAACAAGCUGAGAUUCGCUGGAGCUCUGAUGAAGAUCAGCAAAGUGGCGGAUUGAAAAAGAAAGAAAAAAUAUCUACAUUAUAUCAGGGGCCCUAUGCAUUCAAUUCAAGCAAUGAUAUGAGAGCUGAUAAUAUAGUAUCAAAAACAGACGAAAAUGAAGAAUCCGACUUUUAUGAAAUAUCUAGAGGAACAGUAGAAGAUAAAAUACUGUAUAACGUCGUUUGGCGAGCUGUGUCAACAAGGAAGAACAAAACAUGGGAUGGCGACGGUAUAUUUGAAGUUCAUUUAGGUGUUAGCAAAGGUAUUCUAAGAGACCAAAACGGGCAUGAAAUGGGCGCACUAGAAAACAUAAAUUUAGGAGAAUUGAAAAUUGGUUUGAUAUUGCUGAUAGCCGAUAAGGAAAUUGAAUUAUUAGAAAGUGUGGCUGAAAUGGAACUUGACAAAUCAAAUCUAAAAAAGAAGAACUCUUACAUAAGUCGUGGAAAAGGUUGUUCAUCAAAAGUGGAAACGAAUGCUUUUUACUUACCUUGUCCGCCAGCAGAUUAUAUUAUGGAAUUGAAUCCUACGAAUCGACGGAUACAACCUGUAGAAGUUUCACACAGACUCGCUCAAAACCUGCGUCCUCAUCAACGAGAAGGUGUCUCAUUCAUUUACAAAUGCGUAAUGGGCUUCCAAGACCCAAUGUAUCAGGGUUGCAUACUCGCUGAUGAAAUGGGCUUGGGCAAAACGUUGCAGUGUAUUACGUUAGCGCAUACACUUCUGAAAGUUGGCCCUUACGAUGGCGAGCGAGUACUCCAACGCGUACUUGUUGUUACGCCAAGUACACUCACGCGGAAUUGGGAAAACGAAUUGAGGAAAUGGCUGAAAAAUGAACGAAUGUAUGCGUAUGUUGUAGGUGGGAAACAAAAAUUGGACUCAUAUUCACAGCAACUACAUAUUCCCUUCGUAAUUGUUUCGUAUGAAAACCUUCUUGGACACGUUGCAGAUUUUUUGCGUUUGAAGUUCGACAUGCUAAUAUGCGACGAAGGUCAUCGCCUCAAAAACCAAUCGACAAAAAUAGUUGCUGCUCUCCGAAAACUUAAUAUUCCACGGCGAAUAAUCAUUACAGGUACACCAGUGCAAAAUGAUUUGGGAGAAUUCUAUGCACUAGCGGAUUUUGUAAACCCCGGUAUAUUUGGCACCAAUCAGGAAUACCAUUCAUACUACGAAGUCCCUUUGCAAGAAAGUCAGUCCCCUGAUGCUACUACAGAAAUUAAGAACUUAGCUGCACAACGAACACAGGAGCUUAUGCGAAUUUCAGAACGAUUUGUGCUUCGCCGCUUACAAAAUGUGAAUGGACAGUAUUUGCCAAAAAAGAAUGAAUAUAUAUGCUUUGUUCAACCCUCGGAACUUCAGCAGUUUAUGUUGAAAAAAGCUCUUCAACUAUAUACCCAACGGAAGGAAACUAUACUAAAAGAUUUAACACCACUGCAAACAAUUACUAUACUAAAGAAAAUUUGUAACCAUCCCUCCCUGGUUGCACGUACUAAAACACCAAAUUUAUUAUCGCGUAAUUUGGAACGUUGUUUGCCAGAUUGUUCAGAAAUGGGCCCGUUUGACUCAGCGAAACUAGAGCUGGUACAGAAUUUUCUUCUCGUUUCAGCUGUGCAAAACCGAGAAAAAUGCGUUUUGGUUUCAAAUCACACAAAAACUCUUAAUAUGUUGCAAGGCUUAUGCGAUUUUUUGAACAUCAAAUGCUUACGUCUAGACGGUUCCACAAGUAUUGGUGAAAGAAAUUCAAACGUUGACAAAUUUAAUGGGGAUGCUGACGAUUCGUUAGUUUUCUUACUCAGUGCAAAAGCUGGAGGUGUGGGUCUUAAUUUGAUUGGGGCAUCGAGAUUAAUACUUUUUGACCACGACUGGAAUCCCGCUACUGACGCUCAAGCGAUGUCACGUAUAUGGCGUGAUGGCCAACAAAAGGAUGUGCAUAUUUAUCGGCUGGUUACUGCUGGUUGCAUCGAAGAAAAAAUUUUUCAAAGACAAGUUGCGAAAAUAUCGCUGGCCGAUAGUGUAUCACUGAAAGGUAGUAGCGAGACUACCAUGAAAUUUACAGCGGAAGAGCUGUUGGACUUGUUCAAUUUGCAAGAGGAUUAUUCCGUAUGCCAAACGCAUGAAAAUUUAAAUUGCGGAUGCGAAGGCGAUGGGCAGAAUUCGGUGUUUUUUGACACGGCUCAAACAGUUCGUAAAAUAAAUGAAUUGAUGUCCUGGAAACAUUAUAAGCCACCAUUCAACGUUGAAUUCUUGGAGACGGCAUGCCUGGGCAAAGCUACGGAUAAUCUCAUGUACAUUUUCGCCAAUCAGACUGACUUUAAUUAAAUAAGUUGUUAAUAUUUAAUACGAAA